GCGCCCACGGCGGGCUUCCCCUCUCUCGGUCCCUCUCCCGCCCCCGCGCUCGCUGGAGGGGCGGAGCCGGGCGGGAGGCCAGGCUGGCUGCAGGCGGGGCCGGGCUGGCCCGUGGCGCUUGUCCCUCCCGGCUGCCCAACGCCGCCUGGGCGGGCGCUGCUUUCCGCCCUGCUGCGCCCGGGGUGCGCGCCAGCCAGCCAGCCAAGCCAGCCAGCGAGGGAGCGGGAGUGCCUGCUGGGCGGCUGCUGCUGCUGCUGCUGCUGCUGCAGGUGGCGGCGCGAUGAGCGGGGCUGCUGCGGCCACGGGGCUGGGAGGCCCGGCCGGGAAGAGCGAGAAGCUGGACGAGGCUCAGGCGCUGGCCCGCAGCUGCGCCGGCAGACCCGACUUCCAGCCUUGCGACGGGCUGUCUCUGUGCACCACGCACAGCCACGGGCGCUGCUUCCGCCUGCACUGGUGCUGCCACCUGGGCUGGUGCCACUGUAAAUACGUUUAUCAGCCUAUGACUCCAGUAGAACUGCUUCCAAGCACUGAAAUACCCAUCCAGCCUCGGGGAACCACAAACACCAUUCAGAUAUCUGUCUCACUCACGGAACACUUUUUGAAGUUUGCGCCAGUCUUCCAACCACCAUUACCCCCAGAUUCCCCACGGUUCUGCACAAUCUCAGACCUCUUUAUUGACAAUUACCGGGUGAAAUGCAUCAACGGGAAGAUGUGUUACGUGCAGAGGCAGCCUCCUGCUCUCUCCCAUAAAAUAAAGCCUCAGGAGGCCCCCAUGUGCAAUGCCUUAAUUUUGAGAGAGAAUAACACACCAAAAAUAGAUCAUUGCUCUUCUCCCUCCAGCUCUGAGGAUUCUGGGAUCAAUGCAGUUGGGGCUCACUAUAUGGAGUCAUGUGAUGAGGACACGGAGGAAGGGGCAGAGCUAAGUUCAGAAGAAGAUUAUAGCCCAGACAGUAGCUGGGAACCGGAUGAGUGUCCCCUCCUAUCACCCUCACAGUGUGAACUAGAAGUGAUUGAAACCAUAGAAACCACAGUGUGAAAUGCUGAGCCGGGAGCUAGCUAGGUAUACUUUAAUAUUGGUUUUCUAGCAUUUAUACUGGCGUUUCCCUCCUCACAGGUCCCUUUCCCCCCCUGUCCCUCUCAGUAUUAGGCUCCUCUGAAUCAGUUGCUUGAUCCUAACUCUACUAAUUUAAUUUCCAAGAAUCCUUUCUUGCAUAGUCUAAAAACUGUCAGUUACUACAGAUUCCUUAAUAACAGAAUGUGCCUGGUCUCAGUAAGAGGCACAUAAUUUGCAGAGAUUAGACCCAUUGUGAAAUAAUAAACGGAUUUCCAAUUAUUUUUGGAACAAGGAUUCAGCCUUUCAUGCUCUUGCAAAACAACAUCAGUAGGUCAAGCCAUAUAUUUGGGAAGUGGAGCUGACUCUACCAGAAGGUCUUCUUUAUUCACUUUAGUUUGCCAUGCUUCUCUUGUCUCAGGCUCUGCAUUGGUGCACCCCUUUCUAAAUUACCUAUGUAUACCAUCUUUUGGGGGCAGCUGCAGAGCAAAGCAUGGUGUUUCCCUAAUAAGCACAAUGCACCUUGCUAAUCAGGACUCUUGUUUCCAGUGCAAGAGAAUGACAGAUACAUUUGCUAAAAUCCUAUGCAGGGAGAGUUGUUAACACUGCCAACGGACCAGGUUACAUCAAGCAACAUUCAGACAUGUUUUUUAUCAUUACAAGAACAAACCCAGGGCUUUGUGCACAGCUCAGAAAUUGAAAACUUCUGGACUUGCAGUAAAUCAUAGUUUGUCACGGCUUCCUAACCAUCCUAACCCUGUUCCUGGUAGAGGAAACAUGCAUAAAUCCUGCAUGAACAUGUGUAUGUCUGUUCAUAGAAGAGAGCCAGUGCACAUAUGCUUUAAAAAUAAAAUUGGGGAUCAAUACCUAGAUAUAAAUGUGGGGGUUAAAUCACACUUUCAGGUUAUGGAGGUUUACUGUAACAUAUGAAUUAAUGCAUGUACAAAGAAAAAUCAAGUGUACAUUGCAUUCAUGUGACAUAUGAACAGAGCUAGAGUAAUCCUGGUGUGCAGGCAAGAUACAAGUGACAGUCUGUGGUUUGGACAUAAGGAAAAAUGUUUAUAGAAUACCUGGGAUCUUUUUGUUCCUAAGCUGUGUUUGAGAGAAAAGGGAGAAACGUGAACCCAAAGACUUCAAAGGUUUAUUCUCAUAAAUGUAGCUAGAUAAAAGAAAGGUUGGCACUGUCAUUCUAGGUGCGGAAGCAUUUAAUCAAAGAGCAGUUGAAAAGGAAGUGGCUAAUUGGUCUAACCUUUUCCUUAUUGCACCAGAUCCCUUCUUAACAAUUUCAUCUCAUUAGCAGAUGUAGAACAGAUGAAAGAUAUGGUCAGCAAAGUCUUCUGAACCCCCUGGUGUAUUUGUGCCUCAAUCUUAGUCGUACACAAUCAGGUUCACCCUUUGGGACAUGAUUCCCUGCUAAUUAGUGUACACUUUGUGCCCUUUAAGCAAUAUGUUUUGUCUUGGAAAACUAAAGUACAGUUUGCCAGUCAUGUGCCAUUGAAUGAAACAUGCCCCUAACAGUAUGCCAUGACAAACUCAUUGCAAGUUUUAUGAUUCAGCUUUAUAAGAGACAUUCUUUUAAACUGGGAUUUUUUUUGUAACAUUGGAGCUCCUAAUAGUAAAUAUAGCCCUUUUAAAAUACUUUUGGUUAGUUCAUUUUCCACAAGACUUGGUGAGAACGAGGACAUAUAAAUAUGUACAGUUGUAGCUCUCAGUACUAGAUUAUCUUAUGCUGUAAUGUAGAAUGAUGCUCUUCAGCACUGUCCUAACACAUAACUAAUUUUUCUUACACUCUGACAUAGGCACCUUUUAGAAAGCAUUUAGACUACAAUGUGUUAUGAAUUACUAUAUAAACUAAUACUCUACUUGAAAAUAUUUUUAAAACACCCUGAGAAGAAAAAGUAAAUAUUUAUCAUUCUGAUGAAUUAUAUUAAAAUGGAUUUCUUAGCAAGGAACUAAGAAAUUUGCUUCUGGCCUCACAAUAGGUAUAAUAAUUUCUCUGCUCUUCUGGAAAUGGAGGCCAUCCCGCUGAUGUUUCAAUUCUGGUUGGUGACAGUUUCUUUAAAAUUGGUACUGUUUUUUACAUCAAAGUUAUUUCUCGUAUGUUGUACUGUUAAAUAUUCUUAUGAUUUCAUAACGGGAAGGCAAUGCAUACAAUAAGAUUGUUGCACUCUUGUACCUGGGUUUUUGAAAUGCAUUUUAUGCUCUGUACUAGUUUGCAAUUGGUUCUCCUUUUGCAUGUGAAGGGAGUCAGGUUUUUUAGCUCUGGCAAUAGUGGAAGAGACUUUAGAAAUAAUUUCAAUUACACUUGAAGGCAGAAACAAGGGUAAUUUUUGAGAUCAUACUUUAGUAUCUUCUGUUCCACAGAAGACUCAAGAAAUUGACUCUGCUCAGCUACAAUCGAACCAAAACUAGAAUUAGCCCAAUAUAUUCUGCACUGAGGAACAGCGCUGGAAAAAAUUACAUCCAGACUUCUAUGGAACACACUUUAUUAAAUAUACUGUUACAAUUAGCAAUAGCUACGUACCAUGUUAAUAUCUUAAAUUUGCUCUAUUUAAAAGUCUUAAGCACAAAGGGCAAAGUCCUGUAGAACCUGGCUUCUCUGAAACUUUCUGGGUAAGCUAUGGCAAAAUUUGGUUAGAUGACUUAGCACACAACUGUAUAAGACACUGAGUCUCAAAGUACCCUCUAUGGUACCCUGCUGUUUCAUGUACAUUUCUCACAAAUUAAUAAACGUGAAGACUGAUUUUGCACAA